AUGAGCUUAAACACAUCGAGUGCUUUUGCUAAAGAACUCGCUACGAAUGAACAAACAAUUUCGAAGAAUGUUUUAGUAACAUCGUUUACACCAAAAGAGGAAGAAUUUUAUCAAUUAUCACCAACAUUUUUAUAUGGUUUCAAUUUAUUUAUUAAUAAAACAUAUCAAUUAAGUCAUUGGUCAUUAAGUCUAACAUCAAGUUAUUCAUUAUUAUCACAUGAAGAUCGAAAGAAAAUGAUACGUUACGCUACACAUGAUGUUAUGGCUGUUACAUUUUUAAUAAGACCAAUUACUGAAAAAUGGACAUUUAAAAAAAUCAAGAAUAGGAUGAAUAAUGAAAUAUUUAUUAUAUUUAAUUCAAAUACAUUUCUAUCUUUACCUACAGCAACAUCAUCAAAAAAAAUCAAAAGUAUUAUUGUAUAG